GUGGCAACCGGUACAAACAUUACCGCCAACAGUGCAUUAGGAGUUGAUCCCACCAGUCCUUUUGAAGCCACGUCUAGCAGCAGCCUGCCCAUAAUCAUCGGAGUGGUUGUGGGUGUACUUUUAUUGGUCGCCGUCAUUGGAGCCGGACUCUGCUGGUAUCGCCGCAAGUCAAGAGAGCAUAUUGAACUGCUCAAGCCUAUGCCAGAAGGGUUCACUCCUGAGAUCUUCUCACAAGUGGAUGAUGAGGGGCAGAUCCAUCUGCGGGAUCUGUACCGUCAGAUGAACAGAGACAUUCCGCCAGAGAUUCUCUACAGGCAGGAGGUCAUUGGCCAGGGAGCGUUUGGAAAGGUAUAUCGAGGUGUGCUCUAUGAAAACAAGACCUUCUCUGCGGUCGCUAUCAAGGAGGUGCAGGACGCCACCGGUGACAAUGCAAUGGAGCUGCUCGACGAAGCCAAUCUCAUGCGAAGGUUACAUCACAGCUGUAUCGUCUCCUGUAUUGGCAUCUGCUCAGAGACACGAAAACCUGGCGAGCCGGGCUAUAUCGAACCAGAAUCAGUGGGCGCGAAAGAUGAUGAGCACACACACGUUGCUAUGACAACCGGUGAGGAAAGAGAGGUCGAAGUGGAUCCCAUGCUGAAUGUCAUCAGGGUCAGCAUCGUGCUUGAGUUUCUGCCGUGUGGCGAUCUGAAAGACUACCUUGACAAGAAUACAAUCAACAUGACGGAGAAGUUGUGGUAUGUGCAGCAGAUGGCCCGUGGAAUGGCCUAUUUAGAGCGCGAGGGUAUCGUUCACCGUGAUUUGGCGGCUCGUAAUUGCAUGCUGGGUACUGGCGGACCGGCUUCCUUUGGUUUCCCAUAUCUCAAGGUGUCCGAUUUCGGACUUUCACGCCAAAUAAGGGACGACAAGAGCUACUACACAAUGACUCAUCAGGGCAAAGUACCGGCGAGAUGGCUACCCCCCGAAUCGUACCGUCUGCUGAAGUUCAGUUCAAAAUCCGACGCUUGGGCCUUUGGUGUGACUACUUGGGAGAUCUUCAGCAACGGCAAGAUCCCGUACGAGAACAUGAACUUGGCUCUAGUGCUGGAGCAGCUGGAGAACUGUGUGCUACGCCUGUCGUGUCCGCAGGGAUGUCCGGACGAUGUGUUCAAUGACCUUAUGAUGAACACGUGGGCAAAUGCCCCAGACGACCGACCAGACUUCCAGCAGCUGAUGAAUUGUGCCACGCACAAGAUGAAGAUGUACAGUGACGUGUUCUGUGAAGUGGUCAUGGUGGAAGAAGAAACCGGUGACAUCACAAUCAUGCCAGUGGAUGAGCCGAAUUUCGACGAUGCAAUGGGCGACAACGAGGUAAGCCU